AUGAGGUCAUUCCUUUGCUGGCUCCUGCCACUUCUCAUCUUGGCAUCAGUGACUCAAGGCCAGCCAACAAGGCGACCAAAACCCAGGCCCAGGCCCAGGCCCAGGCCCAGGCCCAGGCCCAUGCCCAGACCCACCUUUCCUCAGCCCCAUGAGCCCUCAGAGCCUACAGACCUGCCUCCUCCCCUCCCACCAGGUCCUCCAUCUAUCUUCCAUGACUGUCCCCGAGAAUGCUACUGCCCCUAUGAUUUCCCAUCUGCGCUCUACUGUGAUAGCCGCAACCUGCGCAAGGUCCCCGUCAUCCCAUCCCGCAUCCAUUACCUCUAUCUCCAGAACAAUUUCAUCUCUGAGCUCCCACUGGAGUCCUUCAAGAAUGCCACAGGCCUGAGGUGGAUCAACCUGGACAACAACCGGAUUCGCAAGGUGGACCAGAAGGUGUUGGAGAGUCUGCCCAGCCUGGUUUUCCUUUACAUGGAGAAGAACCAGCUGGAAGAGGUCCCCUCGUCCCUGCCUAAGAAUCUGGAGCAGCUGAGGCUAAGCCAAAACCAAAUAUUCAAAAUCCCACCUGGGGUCUUCAGCAAGCUGGAGAAUCUGCUGCUGUUGGAUCUUCAACAUAACAAUUUGACUGAUAGUGUCUUGAAGCCGGACACCUUCAAGGGCCUCAAGAACCUCAUGCAGCUCAACCUGGCCCACAACAUCCUAAGAAAGAUGCCACCCAAGGUGCCCACGGCCAUUCACCAGCUCUUUCUGGACAGCAACAGGAUCGAGACCAUCCCUAAUGGCUACUUCAAGGGCUUCCCCAACCUUGCUUUCAUCCGGCUUAACUACAACAAGCUAUCAGACCGAGGACUCCCCAAGAACUCUUUUAACAUUUCCAACCUGCUGGUGCUCCACUUGUCACACAACAAGAUCAGCAAUGUGCCUGCCAUCAGCAACAAGCUAGAGCACCUUUACCUGAACAACAAUUCCAUUGAGAAAAUCAACGGGACUCAGAUUUGCCCCAACAACAUAGUGGCCUUCCACGACUUCUCCUCAGACCUGGAGAAUGUGCCACACCUGCGCUACCUGCGGUUGGAUGGGAACUACCUGAAGCCACCCAUCCCACUGGACCUUAUGAUGUGUUUCCGCCUCCUGCAGUCUGUGAUCAUCUAG